AUGUCGAUGAUGAUGGACGUCGGCAAACACGCGAACGCGAGUGGCAAGCCCCCGCCUUACAGCUACUCUCCCACCUCCACAGAGUCCUCGCCCCCGCUCACCCCCGCCCCUCCUCGCAAACGCACACUCUCCACGUCUUCCACCCACAAGACGCGGAACAGAACCCGGUCAUCAUCGUCAUCCGUCGCCGUCGCCGCCGCCUCGUUCCUCUUCACGCCCUCUUCACCCCCCAUCCUCGUCGGGCCACGCACUGGCACCCGUCCGAGUCCCCGCUCCUCCACCACGUCGUCCUCAACGCCCUCCUCUCCUCCCCCAUACCACGCCACUCUCCCACUCCCACUCCCACUCCCCUCGACUUUAAAUUUCUCGACGUAUACAGAUCCGCCACAGACGCCGAGAUCGCGCUCGUCGCCACACCUCGCUAGUUCAAGACCGGGUCAACACUUGCACCUUCGCGCGACUACUACUGACCAACAUCAACACCAACGUUCGCAUCCGAGUUAUAUAGGCGAUACUUCGGACGACGAGCAGGAUAGAGCGGGAGGGAUGAUAUUCACUAGUCCGAGGCGGGUGUACGUCGACGGUGUCGGUGAGGCUUCGGGCAGUGCGACAUCAUUCAGGUCACGGUCCUCGACGACGCAGGCGCUUCUGCAUAGUACCAGUGUGGGUGGAGGAGUGGGUGGUGGGAGUGGGAGUGGGAGUGGUUCGAGGGUGGUGAAGGUGAAGAGUAUUUCGACGAAUCCGGCGCAGCCUUGUGCGGGGGAGACGGAGACGGAGGCAGAUGAACCGUCUCCCCACCUCCCAACAACCCGCCUAACACCCCCCUCCGCCCCCCUCAUCCCUCCCCAACCCCUCCAACACCUCCUCACGCCCCUGCUCUUUCAGGCUUUCAGGUUAUUGUCCGUUGUGCCGGCGUUGUGUGGGGUGGGGUAUAAUUUGUGGUGGGUUUGGUGGGGGGUUGAAGGAGGUGGGGGAGGACAGAAAGGGAGGUUGUCGAGGUUGGAUUUUGCGGUGGCGGCGCUUUGGGCCUCCCUAACAAUCUAUCAAUCCCUCUCCCUAACAACCGGUCUCCUACACCGCUGGCGCCUCUACUACUCCCCCCUCUCCACCCUCAUCCGUCUUCUCGCCCUCCAAGCGAUCUGCUGGCCCGCCACCCAUUUUACGUUAAGUUGGUUGGAGGUGGGGAAGAGACCGGUGGUGUGUUGGGCGGUGGUGGGGAGUACGACUUGUGUGAGUAGGAGUGUGCAGAUUUGGGUGGUUAGUAAUUUGUGGUGGGAGGUUGGGGGGGAGGGGGCGGGUCCUCUAGGCUGGAAACGACGCACCCUUGGCGGGCGAUGGGGAGGGAGGCGAUGGGACUGGCCAGAGGUUAUUAGGGAGUGUGCGGUGCCGAUGGGGGUGUGUUAUUUUGUUAUGGCGUGGGUGGAGGUGGUGAGGAGGGAGUGGGAGGGGUGUUGAUGUUGAGUUGAUUAUGGAUGGUUGAGAGGGUAGGGGAUCGGAUAUUGGAGUUGGGGUUGGGAGAGGAAGAUGCGGGAGGAAGAUGCGGGAGGGUUGGUGUAGAUUGGAUGGAUGGAUGGAGGGAGGGAGGGAUGGAUAAGGAGAUAUAUGCGCGUUCUAUUGAUUUUUUAUUGUAUUCUAUCUACAUACACCGAGUCGUCUGUUCCCUUUUUUCUUUUCCUUUUGUUUGUUUGUUUGGUCUCAGUCUGUUCGUCGUUGCUUUCGUCUUUUCGCUCUUCUUUUAACUACCUACCUACCCAUUCACAGGCUUACACACUUACAGGCUUACAUGCUUCCUACUGCUUAACGCAAUUUUCGACUCGCCGAUGAUGGACAUAUACCUAUACAUGAUUACAUCGCUAUCCG